AUGUCCCGAAUGGCUCAGGGUUUGGGACGACGACCAACUAAGCAACAAGUUUUAGGGGCAGUCAAAAAAAUAAUAAAUAUUUUCAAAAAUCUCAGUGCUGAUGAAGUUUUGGUAGCCAAAGAGAAGGGGAAAAAUGCUGUUCUUGAUGAAAAAUUAUUAGCCGAAAUGAUAAAACUAACGGCGGAAGGGUCGGAAAUUCUUCUUAAAAAUUUUAGUCCUGAAGAGUUGGAGAGUUUUGCCGAUACGGGUCCUUCGGCGUUAGCCAAAAAUGGGGAAAAAAUUAACCAAGUGCUCCAAAGAAGUGGCAUGGAAGAAGAAUUCGACAAUAGUAAUAUCUCGAGUGCUGAGGAGCAGUCAAUAAUUCAAAAAUUAUCUAGUCCUCGCCAAUUGAGUGGUACAGGUAAUUCAAGUGAAAAUACUGGAACUGGACUUACCUUCUUGUCUCCUGCCAAUGCAUUUGGUUCAAUAAAAGUUGGUCCUGACUCCCUCUCAGAAGAACAAUUCUGA